AUGAACGCUUACGCCGUUUACCAACUUCGUUUAUCUGUUUGUUUUAUAGAUUUUCCUGCAUCUCUGAUAUACUUCUGCUCUUUUUCACUCUCUCUAUUUGUCCCUCUUUUUCACUCUCCGUAUCUGCCCCUCUUUUUCACUCUCCGUAUCUGCCCCUCUUUUUCACUCUCCGUAUCUGCCCCUCUUUUUCAAUCUCUGUAUCUACCCCUCUUUUUCACUCUCUGUAUCUGCCCCUCUUUUUCACUCUUUGUAUCUGCCCCUCUUUUUCACUCUCUGUAUCUGCCCCUCUUUUUCACUCCUUCUAUCUGUCCCUCUCUUUCGCUCUCUGUAUCAACCCCUCUUUUUAACUCUCUGUAUCUGCCUCUCUUUUUCACUCUCUGUAUCUGCCCCUCUUUUUCACUCUCUCUAUCUGUCCCUCUCUUUCGCUCUCUGUAUCAACCCCUCUUUUUCUAUUUCUAUAUCUGCCCCUCUUUUUCACUCUCUGUAUCUGCCCCUCUUUUUCGCUCUCUGUAUCUACCCCUCUUUUUCGCUCUCUGUAUCUACCCCUCUUUUUCACUCUCUGUAUCUACCCCUCUCUUUCGCUCUCUGUAUUUGCCCCUCUUUUUCACUCUCUGUAUCUACCCCUCUUUUUCACCCUCUGUAUCUACACAUCUUUUUCACCCUCUGUAUCUACCCCUCUUUUUCACUCUCUGUAUCUGCCCCUCUUUUUCACUCUCUGUAUCUACCCCUCUCUUUCACUCUCUGUAUCUCUCCCUCUUUUUGCAUUAUACUUUUAGUUAUUGA